GUUAGCGCAGCCGAAACAGCGGCUGUAGAGACGCGUGAGGUGGAGAGCGAUGAGGAAUCUCUGGCUGGGGAGGCCCAUGCAAUCUCCAGCUACGUCUCAGAUACAGGUGCCACCACCGCCUGCCCAGGGGACACCUCCAGAAUUUCAAGCAGUUCAGAUCAGGGCAGGAGCCAAACAGAAGGGGCUUCUAGCUCUGAAGUUCCCCAAGGUCCGGCCGCGCCGGCUCCUAGUGCGCAAGGACAGCAAGGGCGGGUAGACAUUCCCUUGGCGCACGAUGUACCCCUUCCGUUUCCACGAUCCAAGGAUACCUCUGCACUGCUUUCUAUCAAGGUUGACAGGCUGGAGUUUGGUGAGGACAUGCGGACGACAGUCAUGCUGGCCAGAAUUCCAAAGACCUGCCAACCGGACCGAUUCUUGGUCCGCUUGCGAGACCUCUCCUUGCUCACCAAGGUGAGGUUCUACUACAUGCCCAUAAAUGCAGCACGAAACCGCCCAUGCGGCUAUGUCUUCUUAGAUUUCCAGGACUCCGCAGAUGUUGUGCGCCUGUGCAAGAACCUGCGGCUGCUGGAAAAUUUGCUUGGCGCCCGGCCAGAUCGAACGGUACAGAUUAAUUUUGCCCGCAUUCAAGGAUGGAGAGCUCUCCUUCAGCACUUCAGUGGAUCCGAACUGACCUUUGAGCCCGAUGCCAACCGACGCCCACAGUUCUUCUUCCCGCCUCAGGCGGAAAGACCCCGUGCUCCUUGA